CCCGGGGUUUCCAUCCGACCGAGGGAGGGGGAGGCUGAGCGGAAUGGCUGCGUGAUGGCGGCGGUUGGGAGGACUUAAGAAGCGGUGGCGGAGAAAAGCGGCGCAGCUUUUCUGCUCAGGUUGUCCGCGUGCCCCUCCCUGCUCAUUUUGGGGCCCCAUUGUUCAGGCUGGUGAACGAGAGCACCGUGCAGGGCUGUAAGACGCCGGCAGUCAACGGGCGGAGUGCGGCCCAGGCCCCACCGCAGCUGCGGCACGAACCUCCCCGUGAGGCGUAGUGCAGUCUUGGGCCGCGGCGGCCCUGGGAAGGCCGGGCCGGGCGCGGCGCACGCAGGCAGAAAACGGUGAUAAAAUGAUCAACCACAAACAGGUAUUUCAGAAGACGUCUUGAGUACCCACAGAGAACACUAAAGCAAACACAUCACCUGGUAAACCUACAGAGUACCAAGAAUUGGAUUCUUGAUAUCUACCUUGUAACCUGAGUGGACUUUUAUUUAUCUUUUAAAUAUCUUAAUAUUUACAAUGAAUGGGCACAGUGAUGAAGAAAGGAUAAGAAACAGUAGUGGAGAGUCAAGCCCAUCCGAUGAUGAUUCUGGGUCAGCAUCUGGUUCUGGUUCAAGCUCUGGAAGCAGUAGUGACAGAAGCAGCAGCCAGUCAGGCAGCAGUGACACUGACUCUGGUUCUGAGUCAGGCACUCAGUCAGAAUCAGAGUCUGGCACAUGUAAAGAGAAGAAACAAAUUCAAGCUAAGCCACCAAAAGUUGAUGGAUCUGAGUUUUGGAAGUCUAGUCCGAGUAUACUUGCCGUGCAAAGAUCAGCAGUGCUCAAGAAGCAGCAGCUACAACAAAAGGCAGCCUCAUCAGACAGUGGUUCAGAAGAGGACUCAUCAAGUAGUGAAGAUUCUGCAGAUGAUUCAUCCAGUGAAACAAAGAGGAAAAAGCAUAAAGAUGAAGACUGGCAAAUGUCAGGAUCAGGCUCAGGAUCAGGAACCGAUUCUGAUUCUGAAACAGAAGAAGGUAGGGAGAAAAGCAGUUAUGAAGAGAGUGAAUCUGACUAUGAGCCAAAAAAUAAGGUCAAAAGUCGGAAACCUCCAAGCAGAAUUAAGCCAAAAAGUGGGAAAAAGAGUGCAGGACUGAAAAAAAGGCAACUUGAUUCAUCAGAGUAUGAGGAGGAGGAAGAUGGUGAUGAUGAUGAUGAUUAUGAUAAGAGAGGAUCUCGUCGCCAGGCAACAGUCAACAUUAGUUACAAGGAAGCUGAAGAAACUAAGACAGAUUCUGAUGAUUUGCUAGAAGUUUGUGGGGAAGAUGUCCCACAAGCUGAAGAAGAUGAAUUUGAAACUAUAGAGAAGUUCAUGGACAGUAGAGUUGGACGAAAAGGAGCCACAGGUGCUGCAACUACCAUAUAUACAGUUGAGGCAGAUGGUGACCCAAACUCUGGGUUUGAAAAGUCAAAGGAGCCAGGCGAAAUACAGUAUCUUAUUAAAUGGAAAGGUUGGUCACACAUCCAUAACACCUGGGAAACUGAGGAAACUCUGAAGCAACAAAAUGUAAAAGGAAUGAAGAAACUGGACAACUAUAAGAAAAAAGAUCAGGAAACAAAACGAUGGUUGAAAAAUGCUUCUCCAGAAGAUGUGGAAUAUUACAACUGCCAGCAGGAACUUACAGAUGAUCUACAUAAACAAUAUCAGAUAGUGGAAAGAAUAAUUGCUCAUUCAAAUCAGAAAUCAGCAGCUGGCUAUCCAGACUACUAUUGUAAAUGGCAGGGUCUGCCUUAUUCAGAAUGUAGCUGGGAAGAUGGUGCUCUCAUUGCUAAAAAGUUUCAGACACGCAUUGAUGAGUACUUUAGCCGAAAUCAAUCCAAGACCACUCCAUUUAAGGAUUGCAAGGUUUUAAAGCAGAGGCCAAGGUUUGUUGCACUCAAGAAGCAACCAUCUUACAUUGGAGGACAUGAAAGUUUAGAGUUAAGAGAUUAUCAGUUAAAUGGAUUGAAUUGGCUUGCUCACUCAUGGUGCAAAGGGAAUAGCUGUAUUCUUGCAGAUGAAAUGGGUCUGGGUAAAACAAUCCAGACAAUUUCUUUUCUCAACUACUUGUUUCAUGAACAUCAGUUGUAUGGGCCUUUCUUGCUGGUCGUGCCGCUUUCUACCUUGACAUCUUGGCAAAGAGAGAUUCAAACUUGGGCUCCUCAAAUGAAUGCUGUAGUUUACUUAGGAGAUAUAACUAGCAGAAAUAUGAUAAGAACUCACGAGUGGAUGCAUCCACAAACCAAACGAUUAAAAUUCAACAUACUUCUAACGACAUAUGAAAUUUUGCUGAAGGAUAAGUCAUUCCUUGGUGGUCUGAGUUGGGCAUUCAUAGGAGUUGAUGAAGCUCAUCGUUUAAAAAAUGAUGAUUCUCUUCUGUACAAGACUUUAAUAGACUUUAAAUCUAAUCAUCGUCUUCUUAUUACUGGAACCCCUCUGCAAAACUCACUCAAAGAGCUUUGGUCUUUGUUGCACUUCAUCAUGCCAGAAAAAUUUUCUUCUUGGGAGGAUUUUGAAGAGGAGCAUGGCAAAGGAAGAGAGUAUGGAUAUGCAAGUCUUCACAAAGAACUUGAACCAUUUCUGCUGAGAAGAGUUAAAAAGGAUGUAGAAAAGUCUUUACCUGCUAAAGUUGAGCAAAUUCUGAGAAUGGAAAUGAGUGCAUUGCAGAAGCAAUAUUACAAGUGGAUUUUAACCAGGAAUUAUAAAGCUCUCAGUAAAGGUUCAAAAGGCAGUACUUCAGGCUUUUUGAACAUCAUGAUGGAACUCAAGAAGUGUUGUAACCAUUGCUACCUCAUUAAACCACCAGAUGAUAAUGAAUUCUAUAAUAAACAGGAGGCCUUACAGCAUUUAAUACGUAGCAGUGGGAAACUAAUCCUUCUUGACAAGUUGCUGAUUCGUCUUCGAGAACGUGGCAACAGAGUUCUGAUUUUCUCACAGAUGGUGAGGAUGCUGGACAUCCUAGCAGAAUAUCUGAAAUAUCGUCAGUUUCCUUUUCAGAGACUUGAUGGAUCAAUAAAAGGGGAAUUGAGGAAACAAGCACUGGAUCAUUUUAAUGCAGAAGGAUCAGAGGACUUCUGCUUUUUACUGUCUACCAGAGCUGGAGGAUUAGGUAUCAACUUAGCAUCUGCAGACACUGUAGUUAUAUUUGAUUCUGACUGGAAUCCACAGAAUGAUCUGCAGGCACAGGCUAGAGCGCAUAGAAUUGGUCAGAAGAAACAGGUUAAUAUUUAUCGGCUGGUCACAAAAGGAUCAGUAGAAGAAGAUAUCCUUGAAAGAGCCAAGAAAAAGAUGGUGUUAGAUCAUUUAGUAAUUCAGAGAAUGGACACUACAGGGAAAACUGUACUGCAUACAGGCUCUACUCCUUCAAGCUCAACACCUUUUAAUAAGGAGGAAUUAUCAGCAAUUUUGAAAUUUGGUGCUGAGGAACUUUUUAAAGAACCUGAAGGGGAAGAGCAGGAGCCCCAGGAAAUGGAUAUAGAUGAAAUCUUGAAGAGGGCUGAAACUCGGGAAAAUGAGCCAGGUCCAUUAACUGUAGGAGAUGAAUUGCUUUCACAGUUCAAGGUGGCCAACUUUUCCAAUAUGGAUGAAGAUGAUAUUGAAUUGGAACCAGAAAGAAAUUCAAGAAAUUGGGAAGAAAUCAUUCCAGAAGUUCAGCGGCGAAGAAUAGAAGAGGAAGAAAGACAAAAAGAACUUGAAGAAAUAUAUAUGCUCCCAAGGAUGAGAAACUGUGCAAAACAGAUCAGCUUUAAUGGAAGUGAAGGGAGGCGCAGUAGGAGCAGAAGAUACUCUGGAUCUGAUAGUGACUCCAUCUCAGAAAGAAAAAAACCAAAAAAACGUGGUAGACCACGAACAAUUCCUCGAGAAAAUAUUAAAGGAUUUAGUGAUGCAGAGAUCAGGAGGUUUAUCAAGAGUUACAAGAAAUUUGGUGGCCCUCUUGAAAGAUUAGAUGCUGUAGCGAGAGAUGCUGAGCUAGUUGAUAAAUCAGAGACAGAUCUUAGACGUCUGGGAGAACUUGUACAUAAUGGAUGCAUUAAAGCUUUAAAGGACAAUUCGUCUGGACAAGAAAGAGCAGGAGGUAGACUUGGGAAAGUUAAAGGCCCAACAUUCCGAAUCUCAGGAGUGCAGGUGAAUGCAAAGCUAGUUAUCUCUCAUGAAGAAGAGUUGGCACCAUUGCACAAAUCCAUUCCUUCAGAUCCAGAAGAAAGAAAAAGGUAUGUCAUCCCAUGCCACACCAAGGCUGCUCAUUUUGAUAUAGACUGGGGCAAAGAAGAUGAUUCCAAUCUGUUAAUAGGCAUCUAUGAAUAUGGUUAUGGCAGCUGGGAAAUGAUAAAAAUGGAUCCUGAUCUCAGUUUAACACAAAAGAUUUUGCCUGAUGAUCCAGAUAAGAAACCCCAGGCAAAGCAGUUACAGACCCGUGCAGACUACCUCAUUAAAUUACUGAAUAAAGACCUUGCAAGAAAGGAAGCACAAAGACUUGCUGGUGCAGGCAAUUCAAAGAGAAGGAAAACAAGAAUUAAAAAGAAUAAGGUGAUAAAGGCUGCAAAAAUAAAAGAAGAAAUAAAAAGUGAUUCAUCACCACAGCCCUCGGAAAAAUCUGAUGAAGAUGAUAAUGAAGAUAACAAGGAUGAGAUUGUUUCAGUGAAACAGCCACAUAAAAAAACUAAAGCAGAAAAAGAAACUGAAGAAAAGCCUGAGCCAGAUACUGGUAUAAAGAAGGAAACUGAAGAAAAAAGAGAGACAAAAGAAAAGGAAAAUAAGAGGGAUUUGAAAAGGGAGAAAAAAGAAAAAGAGGAUAAGAAAGAAUUAAAAGAAAAAGAUAUUAAAGAAAAGAGAGAAAACAAAGUAAAAGAAUCCACACAAAAAGAAAAAGAAGUAAAGGAAGAGAAGGUAAAUGAAAGCAAAUCUGAAAAUAAAGAAAAAAGUAAAAAAAUGCCAUUGUUGGAUACUCCAGUUCAUAUUACUGCAACUAGUGAACCAGUUCCUAUAUUGGAAGAAUCUGAAGAACUGGAUCAGAAGACUUUUAGUGUGUGCAAAGAAAGAAUGAGGCCUGUCAAAGCAGCAUUGAAACAGCUGGAUCGGCCAGAGAAGGGCCUUUCUGAAAGAGAGCAGCUAGAACAUACUAGACAGUGUCUAAUCAAAAUUGGAGAUCACAUCACUGAAUGCCUAAAGGAGUACACAAAUCCUGAACAAAUUAAACAGUGGAGAAAAAAUUUGUGGAUUUUUGUCUCUAAGUUUACAGAAUUUGAUGCCAGAAAGCUGCACAAACUUUAUAAGCAUGCAAUCAAAAAACGCCAAGAGUCUCAGCAACACAAUGAACAGAAUAUUAGCAGCAAUGUGAAUACACAUGUAAUUAGAAAUCCAGAUGUGGAAAGACUUAAGGAGAAUACAAACCAUGAUGACAGUAGCAGGGACAGUUACUCUUCUGAUAGACAUUUGUCACAAUACUAUGAUCAUCAUAAAGACAGGCAUCAAGGAGACGCUUACAAGAAAAGUGACUCUAGGAAAAGACCCUAUUCGGUCUUCAGCAAUGGAAAAGAUCAUAGAGAUUGGGAUCACUACAAACAAGACAGAUACUACAGCGAUAGCAAACACAGAAAAUUAGAUGACUACAGGAGCAGAGACCACAGGUCAAACCUGGAAGGAAGUUUAAAAGAUAGCCGGUCUCAUUCAGAUCACCGUUCCCAUUCAGAGCACAGGAUACACUCAGAUCACCGUUCCACUUCAGAGUACAGCCAUCACAAAUCUUCUAGAGAUUAUAGGUACCACUCAGACUGGCAAAUGGACCACAGAGCUUCAGGUAGUGGCCCAAGAUCGCCACUAGAUCAGAGGUCUCCUUAUGGCUCAAGAUCUCCACUAGGACACAGAUCUCCAUUUGAGCACUCAUCAGAUCAUAAAAGUACCCCUGAGCAUACAUGGAGUAGCCGGAAAACAUAACAAAAACUGACAUUUCCUGGACCUUCUCUUAGCCAUAUACAGUAAACUAACACAGUAAUUGCCUUACACGACUUGAAAGAUACAGACUGGAUAAUCUAUCAGUAGCAGUAUUGUUACUUCUUUCCAGGAUGCAAGGUCUAUUAUCCUAAUAGAAGAAAAAUAUUUUUGUAUUUAAAGUUUAUGCUGCACUGUGCUGCAAAUGCUGUGGCACUCUUUUUUUAAGAAAUGGAACAUGUUUACUUUUACAGGGACCUCAACACUGCCCCUUUCAGACUGGAUCUUACUAUAAAACGCUUCAUGUCAAAGUGGUUUUAGGCUGAACACAUUUUAAAUUAUGUUUGUAAAUGAACUUUUAAACACUGACCUAUGCUUAUAUUUCAGGAAGGAUUGAGUUUAUUUUCUUUUGUUUCUUAGUAAAGAACUCUCAAGGACUUUGUUCACUUUCCAAAGCUACUUGUUUACAUUGUACACUGCGACCACCUUGCCACUUUUCAUCACAAGCUUGAAUAUUUAAAUUCUGUACCUAUAACUGUAAAAUAGCCAGGAUUUCUCCUGUUUGUGAUCAGUUAUAAUGCCUUUUUACAAAACAGAACAAAAUAAUAAUAAAAAAGAAACAACACAAACAAAUGACUGUAAAUUAUUAUAAAUUAAUUAAAUGAGCUUUUUUUCCCCUCUCAGGCUUUUUUUGACUGUUCCUUUCCCCACCAACUCAGGCCUUCUUGUCACAAGUAUGAAAUAAGACCAGUGUACCUAUAUGUUUUAAUAAAAUGUCUUGAUGGAAUCACUGCUUAGAAUGUAAAAAUUGUGGAAAGGGAACAUUUUAUUCCAUUUAGUGCUCCUUUUUUAUUGGAUACUUCAAAUACAUAUUUUUGGGGUUCUUUUUUUGCAUUUGUUGUUAUUUGUUUUGGGGUCUUUUUCAUACUAUAUCAGUGUUGUCAUUGUUCAUAAUGGAGUGGUAAGAUACUCAGCUAAACUGUGCUCUGGAAAGCUUUUCAAGUGCAUUGGUUUUAAAGAAGUAGUGGUAAUCUCUGAACACUUCAUACUCCAGAUCAUCCAAAAUUUAUUGUAAAUCCAUUUGUAUUCCCUCUUCAACAUGGGCAAUAAUGUUAAACGUGCUAUGCAGCCAAUUACUAUUUUAGAAGUUUUGAAUGGCUUUAUUGACAGAAUUGUUUAAAUGCACACUGAUUGUACAUAGGUGUAACUUCUAACUGACAAAUUAAAUUUAAACUAAAAGGAUACGUGGGCUCUUGUAGUUUUCCUGCUGUGUUUUUCUCUACAGCCUUGCUUUCUCAGGUUUACCCAAAAAACAUUAAACUCUUGGGUACUAGAUUUUAAUACACAAUGUAAUAAUUAGGGAAGAUACAUAGCCUGGCAUCAUGUGGUUGGAGCUAUAUCCGAUGCUCCAUUUUUUUCUCUGUUUUUCUAAUGUUGAGCAUUUUUUUCUAAUGAAAUAGGUUUAUAUGAAAGCAUUAAUAGAGAACCAAAAUCUGUCAACAGAGUUAUCUUUUAGGAUUUCACUAUAAGCAGUUACUGCACAUUAAGUUUUAAGCUUAUUUAAAAUAGCCUGGGUUAAUUAAUGCUGUUUCAUUUCUUAAGUCUUCAUCUUCCCAGGAUCUGGAGGGGCUUGAUUGAGCUUGAUUGCUGCAACAGUGUUUAGGUAGUGGCACAUUGUGUCUGAUGAGAUGGUGCAUGUGUGCCAUGCAUCUUCUGCAUCUCGUGGUAAAAAUCUAUAAGUUGGAGCAUCUCCAGCCACUGACAGAUUCUUACUGCCUGGGUCGAACACAGCAUUAUGUCAUUGUGGCUGAGCCUGUCUAACAUGACACGGUUAGUCUGCAUCUCUUUUUGUUAGCGCUAUCUCAAGUCUUUCUGAAAUAGGCAAGACCAAAUACUUACUUGGUGGCUUUGAUGAUUAGGAUCUUUGGCAAUUAGCCUCCUUAGGUUGUGUUAACUUCAAUCACAUUUGCAGAUUUACAAAUCACAUUUGCAGCAGUUCCAAUUUUUCCCCUUUGGUUUCAAUUCAGAAAAAGUGGAGAUAGCUUCCAUUAUACGGUGUAUAUUACAAUUAUUUAGAGGAGGCUCAUAUCCUCUGCAAAUAAGAUACUUAUAAUUGAUUUUUCAUGCCUGCAGAUUUGAUCUUUCUUUUAAUCAUUUGUCAUGAAAAGUCUGUCAGAUACUAAUGCUGCCUGUCCGUAAGUGGUUUUGGUAAAGUAAAAAAUCUGGUUGACUGCAAGAGAACACCCCUCAUAUGGCCAUUGAUAAAGAUUCAGGUAUUUUAUCUACCAUGCCUGGAGGUCUUAAGAUUUCCAUCGUGAUGCUGUUACAUGUUUCUAGUCUACCUAAAAAGAUUAGAUAGAUGAAAUAGAUUGUUGGUCAGUCUGAAAAAGUAUCUUAAAAACUGUAUUGCUGUUAUUGGCUUAAAGGACAGAGAAAUGCAUGAUCUGAUUGCCAUUAGCUUAUGCUGGCAUCAUCAUUUGGCUGCUCACGGUCAUUUUGAUCUUCAGUGCACAUGUCCUGGUCUCUGAGCAGCACUUACACAGCUUCUGGUUUCUGAAAGCCUUUCACUGCUAUCAAGAACAGGAUUUGUGAAGAAUUCAAGCAACAACCUGGAAAGAAUGGCAAUUCCUGCAGAAAUGUGACACUUCUAAAAAAGGAGUGUGCCAUGACUGCUCUUUGAGACAGACAGCACUGCAACAUCAAACACUGACUGACUAGAUCUGUCUUCCUUCUUCUCAGAGCUCAAUUGGCCUAAUUUGUUUGUGUAUGGUGUUCUGUAUUCAACAAAUGGAUGUUGUGACCUUCACAGCCCUUACUGUUUAGCUGCAAGGUUCCCAGUGAAAGUGUAAAAUCCCAGAGAAGUACUCCUGUAGUGAUGUAUUUUAAGGAGCUGUUUCAAUCUCCAGUGUAACACUUAGUGUCGUGUUCACCGACAACAGCUGUUUUUGGUAGGAAAUUAUCUCACCAUUGCUUAGGAAGAUGAGCAAGACUGAAGACACUAAAGAUGAUGAUCCUGAUAGAGCUUUUCUUCCCGAUGAGACAUUUUUAUUGCAAGUUUCUUCAUUGAAUUUUAUUUGAGCAACAAAUUAAAUCCUGGCUUCAUUUUGUGUACUAUGGCCCUAAUAAGGAAUGACUGUAGACAAUCUUUAUAUGGGAGUAGUAAAGACUAUUAAAAAUAGGUAACACCUGGCAUGAGUCAUCCUCAUGUACUGCUUCAAGGUUUCUUUUACUGAACUAUGUUGAAACAGGUACAUAGUGCCUUUACUUGUAUCUCUUCAUUCUUCCAACCAAGCUAGUAUGGUUAACUGAAAUUUAGUCUUUGUUCUUAAAAUUUUACGCUGAAAAUUUUAUUUGUGAAAUGCUCCAGAAGCAGUAGCUAAGAAAUAGAAGGGGAGGUUUGUGGAAUUUUUUUUUUCUUAUCCUUUUCAUUUUCUCUACAGUCCAAAUUAUUAAGAUAGAAACAGAGAACAAAUGAGUAAUGUAGAACACAUUCUGGUCCACUCAUUCUCACAGAUCUUACCUUGUAUGCAGUCAGUAAAAGAUCAUCCUUUGGAUAUGGCCCAUACUAAACCAAUAUUUCUUGCAUAUAUUUUCCAACCUUGUAGCCCACACAAUGUAUUGGUAACUUUUUUUUAUUUACAAAAUUUUUUUUAAUAAGUGAAAAAAUAG